AUGUCGGGUGCAUCAAUACCGCCAACGAAGCGGCAGCGUGUGGCGGAAGCCAUGCCGCCUCCGCCUCCGCCAGAGGAUGAUGUGCCACCACCUGCGCCCCUUCCAGGCUCACCCGGAGCAUCACCCCCUCCACCGCCGCCAGAAGAGACGUCAGCUCAGAACAGCGACAUCGUUCCACCGCCUCCACCCUCCCUACCACCACCGCCGCCACCGGACCAGCCCUAUGACGAAGAAGACGUACAAGAUGCCGCCUACUGGACGCGUCUCGCUUCCUCCUCUUCCACAGCAUCCACCUCCAAGCUGCCUACCCAUACUCCAGCCAAGAAAACCCACGCCCUCUACCUCGACACGAUCAAUCGCCAUCUGCUCGACUUUGACUUUGAAAAGCUCUGCAGCAUCUCGCUGUCCAACCUCAACGUCUAUGCGUGUCUGGUGUGCGGCAAGUACUUCCAGGGUCGAGGACGAAGCUCGUACGCCUAUCUGCACAGUAUCGAUGAGGCGCACCAUGUGUUUAUGCACCUGGGUAACGGACAGGCGUACAUUCUGCCGGACAACUAUGCGGUGCCGGAGGAGAACCAGGCGGGGUUGGCGGAUGUGAGAUAUCUGUUGAAUCCGACGUUUACGAGGAGGACGAUCGAGGAGGUGGAUGCGGGGCCGGCGUUCGAUCUCGCGGGAGAGCAGUACUGGCCUGGCUUUGUGGGAUUGAACAACAUCGCGGGGAACGAUUAUGUCAAUGUGGUGGUGCAAGCAAUUUCGCACGUGCCGGAGGUGAGGGACUACUUUCUGCUCCAGCAAGAGGAAGGGCAGAGCGAGCUGGUGAGGAGGUUCGGUGCGUUGGUGCGCAAAAUGUGGAACCCGAGGGCGUUCAAGGCGCAAGUGUCGCCGCACGAGUUCUUGCAGCAAGUAGCGAUUGUUAGCGGGAACCGGUUCAGGUUGGGACAGCAGGCGGAUCCGGUGGAGUUUUUGGGUUGGUUGUUGAACCGUCUGCACCUCGACCUUACUGGUGGGAGGGGAAAGAGGAAACGGGGCGAGGGAGAGAGUGUUAUCAGUCGGUGUUUUCAAGGGGUUGUGCAGGUCGAGUCGCAGGCUCUGGCACAGCCGGAGGAAGGGGCAGCUUCAGCAUCGUCAGUGGCUGCGGAAGGGGAGCGGAUGCUGACGAGCGGGCAGACGGACGAUAGGGGACACGCACGGUUCGAUCCCGCUCUCAGCAUCACCAAGCGAGACACGCCGUUUUUCCUACUAGCGAUGGACCUGCCGCCACCACCCCCGGUGCUCGGGUCGACGGACAACGAGAUCGUGCCCCAGAUCACCAUCUCCCAGAUCCUCGCCAAGUACGAUGGGCGUAGCUUCCACCCAACCCGCACAGCACUCACACGGUACGCCCUCCGUCGGCUCCCGCCGUUCCUCAUCAUCCACUACCGCCGAUUUACGAAAAACAGCCUGGGGCAGGAAGAACGCAAUCCCACGCUGGUCAAUUUCCCCAUCAAGGGGCUGGACGUAACCAAGUACGCACCCCUCCUCCCCACUCCCGGCAGCGACAAACGUCUCCCCGAGAUGUACGACCUCGUCGCCAACGUAGUGUACGACGCGGUACCAGGCACAGUCCGACAGGACGCCAGCUGGAAGUGCCAGGUGCACACCAACAACUCGCGCGAAAAGUGGUUCGCCAUCCAGGAUCUGCUGGUCGAAGAGGUGAAUCGGCAGAUGAUCUUUUUGGGCGAGAGCUAUCUGCAGAUUUGGCAGAAGCGCGCGGUCUAG